AUGUCUCCAUUGUUGUCGCGGGUGAAUCAAGAUCUUCCCGGAAGCCCCCCGGAAAACCUGAGGGGGAAUAGAAAGCUUCACAAGAAUCUGUCAGUUCCAUCGAAAACUUUCCUCUGGCAGCAAAAAGGGAAUUUUCAGCCUCAGGCUUCAAAAGAGCGAGAUGCGCUUUUCUUCUGCUGCGUUUUAAGCCGCUAAACUUCGUUCCUUCAUGUAUCCGGAAAGAGGAAGGAAGUUUUAAGGGGGGAAGAACUGUCUGCUGAGGGAGGGGCUCCCCCUCUUGGCCCCCCAGCCUGCAUCCCGGGGAGACCUGGCAGCCCCCCAAUAAGGAGACCCCUCCCCCCAAUAAAAGCCCCCUCCAGCCCCCUGCUCCCUUGUGCAAGAAACAUCCCUGGCGCUGGUGUCUGAGGAGCCCCAUGAAGAAACACCCAGGGGGGAGACAGAGAGGAGCCCCCGCAGCCCCUUCCCUGGAGGAGACCCCUCCCCUCUUGGGGACAUCCAGCCCCCCCCACCCCAAAAAUAUCAGCUCCCCCUUUCCUGCUUUUUUCUCUCCGUCUCCGGCUGAGGCUCCUGCCUGGGGAAGGUUUACCUGGAGACAGGCUGGUCAUCGCCAGGGCGCUUUUCCAUUGGCCGAGCUGGCAGGGACUUUUCUGCUCCGCCAAAGCCGCCCCCUGGCCGCCCCCGCCCCACAGCCACUUGGAGGGCGAGCAUCCAGGAGGAAGGGGCAAGGGACACUUGGGCUUGAAUCGCCCCUCGCCCGCCUCGGCCCAGGAAGAGCGGCAGAGAUGGAGCCCAGAGGAGGAAGAGGAGGAGGAGGAGGAGGAGGAAGAGCCCUUUGCUGCCUCUGGGCGACCCUCCUCCUCGCCCCGCCAAGGGGGGCCGGAGCCCUGAAAGGUCAGGGGGCGCAGAGGGAGGGGGAGAUGCCUGGGGAGGGGUCCCGGGAGGGGGCUAGGGGGGAUAUGGGGAGAAGGAUUGCGCCCCUGGGCGUUGCUGGUGGGCAAAGGAGGAGGGGUCUCUUGGGCUAAGGGAGGAGAAGCCCCCUCCCCACGACAGGGGCAGAAGCUGCACCCGGGAAUCCGGAGGGAUGGGGGGAGGAAAGAAAUCGGACACCCCCCCCCCACGAAAGAGUGCUGGAAAGUGCGUGGAAUGGGAGGAUGACGGGCUAGGAGGAUUUGCUCCCUCAAAUAAGGUGGUCUAAAAAAGAAAUGAGAGUGGAAAACGGGGUGAAAACAGCAUUUUCCCCUACACACACCAACUUAGAAGAUCGGAGUCUGUGCCCCUAGCCUUUCCUGUUACAAGGAGAGAAAGGGAAAUAAAACCAGAAUUAUUCUUCCUCUCUGUGGGCUCGGCUGCCACAGAGACCUGCCUGGUCCGGAAGUCCCCAGUGGUGGCCCCCAAAAGGCAUCAGCCCCCCACCCCAUUGCCCCUGAAGACAGAGUGGUCUCUCUCCUGGCACAAAAGGGGCCAUAUCGCCACUUGCCUGGCAGGGACCCCAGCCGGACGCAAAGGGACUUCACUCCCGAGAAGACGCAGUUUAGUUUGAGUGAGUGAGUGAGUGAACUCCAGAAGGAAGUCGCUUCAGGAAAGGAAAGAGGCAGGUGGCCAAUGGCUCCGUCUGCGUGUCCAACAGAUUUAUCUCUUUUAGAAAUAAGCCCAAAGCGCUAAUUCGGGGCAUGAGGCAACAAGGGGUGACUGUGGAUGAUCCACGGUUGAAAGAGGAAAUGCAUUUGUUACUGGUUUCACUUUGGGGCAAGGAGGAAAGUGGAGAUCUAGGCACAUGGAGACAUGGAUUGUUCUCUUGAAUGAUGAUUCCAACUUUCUACCACUCACCCACAUUCAAGUGCACCCAGGACCACCUUUUGGAAAUGAGGGGAGUUUAAAACUUACAUAUUUGUGUGUGUUGGGAGCAGAUGAAGCCCCCCCCGUCUACUUAGAGAGCCUUCCUGGUGGUGGCCCCAUUCCUAGCAACGGGGCAGGUUCUCCCUCAUCCUGCUGCGGGGUCCUAAAGCCUCCCUCUCUCUCUCUCCCACCCCUGCAGUGGAGGACACCCUGGUGGAGCCGGACUUCUUCCAGGAGAGCUUCCCUUCGGAGAAGAAGUCCGGGAGUUCCUGCUGGAGUUUGACAACGAGGAGAUCCUGCACGUGGACUGGGAGAAGAAGCAGAACGUCUGGAGGCUGCCGGACUUCCAGCGCUUCACCAGCUUUGAGGUGCAGGGCGCCCUGGCCAACAUCGCCGUCAUGAAGAACAACAUGGAGGUGCUCAUGAAGAGAAGCAACCGCACCCGUGCCCUGAACGGUAGGACACGCGAGGGGGGCAGGGGAGAGAGCUGGGGGGCAGGCAGGGGGUGGUCUCUUGGCUCCUGACACGGAAGACCCUUCAGGACCCCUUUCUGCCUCCCCAGAGGGAACUCUGCUCCAGGGAGCCAGUCCUUGGCUGACUGAGACAGGCUAAAAGGGAAGGGAAGCCUGAUGGGAGGGGCAGCAUUGCACUUUGUACAAGCUCAGAGGCAUUCCCAGACCUGAACACCCGGUGCAAAAAUACCCACAGCAGCUAAUUGCUAUGCUUUCCAUUUCUAGACUGCUUCAAAUGGGUUUUAAUCCCAUUUCUUUCUCCAUCUCCUUCCUCAGUUGCUCCUUCGGCCACUGUGUACCCAGAAAACGCCGUGGAACUGGGGGGACCCCAACGUCCUCAUCUGCUUUGUGGACAGGUUCUCCCCCCCAGUGCUGAAUGUCACCUGGCUGAAGAACAACGAGGUGGUCUCCGAGGGCGUGGAGGAGACAGACUUCUACCCCAGCGUGGACAACACUUUCCGCAAGUUCUCCUACUUCCCCUUCGUCCCUGCGCAGGGAGACAUCUACGUCUGCCAGGUGGAGCACUGGGGCAUCCCAGAGGGAAAGAUGGAGAAGAUCUGGGGUAAGCACCGGGCAGGAUUGGGGCUUUUCUCUGGGACUUGAACUCAGAAACCCAGAUUCAUGGCGUAUGAGAAACACGUUCUGAUGAUCAGAGUAAUUUAUGCAAGUGAAGUACACUUGCAAUUUUGCAUAAUUUAUUCUCCUGCUUCUACCUGUAGGAGACAAUAAGUUGCUCAACUGCCUUUUGGGGGUUCCUUGAGUUAGUUCCUAUCAUGUAUAUGGGGAGGGGGUGGUGUGUCAGGACUCCUGGGUUCUUUCUUCCGCUGAACACACACAGAGAAACCCUUAGCCCUGUCCUCUCUCUCUCCAUCCCAGUUUCCAAGGCGCCCUCUCCCAUCCCGGAGACGAUGGAGAACGUGCUGUGUGCCCUGGGCUUGGCCUUUGGCAUCCUGGGCAUCAUCGCUGGCACCAUCCUUUUCUUCAAGGCCAUGAGGAUGAACGAUCGCAGGGGCUUCAUGUGAGUCGAACCCGUUUCCCUUCAGGGGCUCAGAGACAAAUGCAAGGGAACCCAAAAUACACAGCAAAGGGGUGGGCUGGGCCUCAUCCUGCCCAGAAGGUGCUCAGCCUCCAUACUCCCAGCUCACCAGCUCCCUUCUCCUUCCUUUUCAGAUAAUGGAGGAUUCCUUUCCUGACAGCCUCUUCCUUGAACCCUCUCAGCUCAGCUCCUUUGCCAAGAGUCUCUUCUGCUACAAAUCAGCUGGAAGGAGUUGCUUCCUCCGUGUGCAGCUUAUCCUUAGAAGCUUUUCUGAUAAUAUGUUUGACUUUUAA